AUGCGUCGUGGGCAGGCGGUGAAGGGCCGGGGUCGCCGGCUUAGGCAGGCGCAGAGUCGUCAGUCGGAGCGAAGGCAUUGAUAACCGCGCCAGUUCCCGAAACAAGUCCGAAUGCAUCAACCAACAAGUGCAAAAUGUCUGGACUGUUGAGAUCUGAUAUAAAUUUAAAAGAACCACGAUGGGACCAGGGGACCUUCAUGGGAAGAGCCAAGCACUUCUUCAUGGUGACUGACCCUCGCAACAUUUUAGCAUCUAGUGAAGAACUGGGGGCAGCCAAGACUGUUAUUGAAGACUACAAGCUUGGCAAAAUCCCAUCAGGACUGACUGAGGAUGAGCUCUGGCAGGCAAAGUAUCUCUACGAUUCCGCUUUUCAUCCAGAUACAGGGGACAAAAUGAUUCUCAUCGGACGGAUGUCUGCACAAGUUCCAAUGAACAUGUCUAUAACUGGCUGCAUGCUGACCUUUUACAGGACAACUCCAGCGGUGGUCUUUUGGCAAUGGGCCAACCAGUCCUUCAAUGCAAUCGUUAACUACACCAACAGAAGUGGAGAUACGCCGCUGACAGUGAGCCAGCUGGGCACAGCAUACGUCAGUGCAACUACAGGCGCGGUGGUCACUGCUCUUGGGCUGAAGUCUCUCACAAAGCAUUUGCCUGCCUUGGUUUCUCGUUUCGUGCCCUUUGCUGCAGUCGCUGCUGCCAACUGCAUCAAUAUCCCUUUCAUGAGACAGAGAGAACUUAAAUAUGGAAUACCGGUCACAGAUGCCAAUGGGAAUCGACUAGGGGAGUCGGCUAAGGCAGCACAACAAGCCAUUGUCCAGGUUGUGGUAUCUCGGAUUGGUAUGGCCAUACCUGCCAUGGCAAUACCCCCAAUUAUCAUGAAUGCUUUGGAAAAGAGAGCGUUUUUAAAGCGUUUUCCAGUGUUCAAUGCCCCAAUUCAGGUUGGGUUGGUCGGCCUUUGCUUGGUCUUUGCCACUCCUCUAUGCUGUGCACUGUUUCCCCAGAAAAGCACCAUGAAGGUUUCCAGACUUGAACCAGAACUUCAGGCUCAGAUUCAGGCAAAGAAUUCAGCUAUUAAUGUUGUAUACUUCAACAAGGGCUUGUAGAUUGUUGUCACAUCAGCAGCCUGCCCAAGACCGUCAACCAUUCACUUCAGCAGCAACAGUAACUGUCCCUUCAAUUGUGUGAAUUGAUCACCGUCCAAUCUGCCCCUCAUAGUUUCUUGAAAGUCACCCUGGGAGGGUGAAGUAUCCUUGCUGAAGGUAAGGAUGCUGGUUGCGACAAAGGGGUAAAGAAGACUCACUUGUAUCAUUGGACAUUGUAACAUUUAUAAUUGAGCAGAACUUGACAGAUGUUUAAACAUCAUGCACAGUGGAAAUUAAAGAUUAGAAGGUUUUCCAGGAGCCAAUCACUGACUGGAAACUUGGGAUUGGCAAGUUUUUUUGUAUUACUGGGAUUGGGUAUAAAUAAUUGAUACCAAACUGCAGAAGUGAUCAUGAUGAACACACAACUGCUAACUUCUCCAUCCACUCAGGGAAUCUGUAACUCAUCCAGUCCAACGCAUGCCUGAACUUAAAGUUAAAACUUCCCACAUUCAUUUCUUCCAAAAAAAACCCACAGCAAAUCCCACAAAUGUUAACUUUGAACAAGCACUCUCUUGCUAUAUUUUUUUAGUUCUAAUCAUCCAUAAUGAUUUGUGGGCAAUUUUUUGUCCCACCAUCUGUCAGUAACCCCCACCAUGUCCCCGCUAUCGCUUUUGUCCAUCUACACCAAUCCCAUUUGUGAUUGGUAUUUUCCCCCAUGCUAUCUUAAAUUCAACCAUCUGUUAUCUUCACGGUCUUUGCAGUGUCCUCCACAGUGAAGACUGAUAAAAAAAAAUUGAAAUAACAAAUCGUCCAUCUUGUUUCCUGUUAUUAGUUCACCAGCCUCAUUCUCUAGAGUUCCCAACCUUACUGUUGCUGCCUUCUUCCAUUGAUACAUCCAUUAGCACUCUUCUUUAAUAUUACAUGUACAUUUUCUCAGAAUUAAUUUUUUUCCUUCCUAUGAGCUUUUUAAAUCUUUAGUGCCUAAGCUUCCUGUCCUCUAACUUACCACGAUCCCUUUCCACUUUGUAUACCCAAUUUUUCAAUUUAACAUAAUCUUUGACUUCCUUUCUUCAUAAAUUCUAGGAGCAGAAUUAGGCCAUUCAGCCCAUCUAGUCUACCCUUGCCAUUCAAUGAUGGCUGAUCUAUCUCAAUCCCAUUCCCUUGCCUUCUCAUAACUUUUGACACCCUUAGUAAUCAAGAAUUUGUCAAUCUCUGCCUUAAAAAUAUCAAUUGACUUGGCAUCCACAGCCGUCUGUGGCAAUGGAUUUCCCAGAUUCAUCGCCCUUUGACUAAAGAAAUCCCCUUUCUAAAGAUACGUCUGUUAUACAAAUUUAUACAAUUUUGAGUGUACUUUAUACGAUUGUUUCUCAGUUACAUGGUUAUGCCUCAUGGUCACAUCGAGGCAGCUGUCUGUUCCUCUUGAAGACCACUUAUCUCCAGGGAUGCUGAAAUGGCAAAUACUCAAAAGCACUGAAUGGCCCCACACAAGACACAAAAAACAUGUGAAAUGCACAAGCCUAGCUCCUGCUAAGAUUCCAUGUUGAAGCCAAAUGUAUUUAAGAUACUUUAAAGCAUCUUAAUAUAUUCUACUUUUGAGAAUCAAAAGUAUAAAAUAUAAAUAUUUUGUGAUUUUUUUUCUUUUUAAGUUUCUCUGUAUAAUGAAAGUAAGUGACUUGCUGAUAGUGGGUUUACUGGUGUCUCAGUAUUGCAUGUUAAUGUCCGUGGGUGUGGAAGUUGUAAGAUUAGUAGAAGGAAUUAGAAGUUUAGUUUACAGAGUAGUUGUAAAUGGAAUCCGGUGUAUUGUAACCAGGUUUAGCUUGUGCUGUGGACUCAGGAAGCAUUAUGGUGACGAGACAAACAGGUUUCAUAUUUAAUCAGAGCACAGAGUUACGAGUGUUUUAUUGUCAAGUGUCCCGAAACGGAACAAUGAAAUUCAUACUUAUAGCAGCACAGCAGAUAUCUAAACAGUACUUUAUAAAAUCCAUGAUAAACAACAACAAAAAUCAGUAUACAUAAGAAAAAACAAUCAGAUAGAUAAAUAGACAAGGAUGCACUCCAGACAAUAAAUAGACAAUAACUGUUUGUGUGGAAUGGUGGCGGAGUUGUAGGUUUGCUGCCUUACAGUGCCAGAGACCCAGGUUUGAUUAUGACUACAUGUGCUAUCUGUACAGUGUUUGUAUGUUCUCAUGACCAUGUAGGUUUUCUGUGGGUGCUCUGGUUUUCACCCACACUCCAAAGAAGUACAGUUUUGUAGGUUAAUUGGCUUUGGUAAAAAAAUUGUAAAUUGUCCCUAGUAUGCAGGAUAGUGCUAGUGUACGGGGGAUCGCUGGUCGGCGCGGACUCACUGAUUUUGCACUGUAUCUCUAAACUAAAUAAAACAAACAGUCCUGGUUAAUAAAGAGCGACUGCUUUGAAGCGGAAGGUAGAUAUAAAAAUGCUGGAGAAACUCAGCGGGUGAGGCAGCAUCUAUGGAGAGAAGGAAUUUGAAGAGGGGUUUGAUUGGCAGACUGCCUGUUGAGGGCAAGGUGGAGGGGUAAAAUCGAACCUGUAUCCACCUAUCACAUGCCAGGCUUUGUCCUGCCAUUGCCUCUCUUUCCCAGUUUUCUCCCCCUACUUGGCUUAGUCUGAAGAAGAGUCCCAGCCUCUCUGUACCCUCACAGAUGCUGCCUCACCCACUGAGUUCCUCCAGCACUUUGUGUGUAAAGGUGUUUCCAGUUUUGCUUCUUUCAUUAAAUUCCAGCUCUGUAAAAUAACAUACUUUCAUGAGCUUUUAUGGAAAAGCUUUAAGAAUCGUGAAAUUAAUACAUUUUUGACCAAAGCCUUUGCUGAAGUAAUGCACAUUGAUCUGUUUCUGUUCUACUGGGUCCAGGCCAACCCAUGCAAGGUCAACAAUAAAAUGGUAGUCACUUCCAUGUAUAACAAUUGGCAGGGUUGUCAUUACAAGAUGUAACAAAGUACCUUCCUUCACAACCACAUUCUGUGGUGUAUAGGAUCUAUGGGACAGCUCCCACAAUUAGUCAACCUUGGUUUGGAAUUGGGGUCUUUCUCAGGUCAAUUACAUCUACCUCUUCCCCCAUGCCCAGUGGGAAAGGUCACCCAAAGAGAUGAGUUUCCUAGAAAGCUGCUGAAGCUCGGGGAUCAAGAGAAAACAACUAGGUCCACCACCCAUUUUCCAGCACUCUUGUUUCCGGAGCCCUGCUGGAAUAUCCGCUUUGCUGGACCGACAGUGGUCAUGGGCUUCGAGAGAAGUCAAACAUUACCAGAACGGUCUGCCUAGGAUGCUGAAGGGCCGAGAUACCGGCCCACAAAUUCGGCCUCGGAGGUUGGCUAUGGGAACAGAUCUGUUGGCUGGGGUUCCAGAGCCCUGGCUGCAGGGGGCAAAUUUGACCCGGCCGCGGAAGACCCGAUGAGGUCAUGAUUGGCCACCUCACCCGGCCCAGGCACCACAUUUUCGAAGGGGACUUCCAGCGGGGAUUUCAAGUGUGCUCUCGUAAUUUUGUCUGGAUUAAAGGAGGUGCCGGACCAUCAGUUGCCAGAAAAUCGGUGGUGGACCUGUAGUUAGAAGAGUUUAAUAUAUAUAUGUCCAUGUAAGCACAAUCAGGCCAAAAGAAUCCACGUGCUUUAGCUAUACAAGUUAUGGAAACAGAACCAACCACCCCCUCCCCAGGUACUUUCUCCUGCAACUGCAAGAGAUGCAACACCUGUCCCUUUACCUCCCCCCUCGACUCCAACCAUGGACCCAAACAGUCUUCCAGGUGUGGCAGAGGUUCACUUGCACCUCCUCCAACCUCAUCUACUGUAUCCGCUGUUCCAGGUGUCAACUCCUCUACAUCGGCGCAGUCUUGGCAAUCAUUUCGCUGAACACCUCUGCUCAGUCCGUCUUAACCUACUUGAUCUCCCGGUGGCUCAGCACUUCAACUCCUCCCUCCCAUUCAUUCCCAAUCUGACCUUUCUGUCCUGGGUGAGGCCCAGCGCAAAUUGGAGGAACAGCAACUCGUAUUUCGCUUGGGUAGUUUACACCCCAACGGUAUGAACAUCGACUUCUCUAACUUUAGAUAGCCCUUGGUUUUUCUCUCCAUCCCCUUCCCCUUCCCAGUUCGCCCACUAGUCUUACUGUCUCCGCCUACAUUCUAUCUUUGUAUCGGCCGCUCUCCUGACAUCAGUCUGAAGAAGGGCCUCAACCCAAAACGUCGCCCAUUCCUUCUCUCCAGAGAUGCUGCCACACCCGCUGAGUUACUCCAGCAUUUUGUGUUUACCUUAUAUCCUGCAAAUACCAUUGAAAAGCAGCUGAAAAUAUUAACAGAUUAACAUUACUGUCUAAUUAAAGUCCCCAGUCACACUCCUAAUUGCUGCAGGAUCACAAGAGUUGCAAAUCAAAUUCACUCAUUAAUUCUUGGUUUAUAUUCCUGGCAGGAAGCUACCUAUUUGUAAGCUGGAGCUGAAAUGUAAAUUAAAGUUUCCUUGGAGAAAGGUACCUUGGAUAAACAGAUAAAUGGAGGAACAGUAAUGCCCUCCCUAGUGAAACAAUAAUUAAUGGUUCCAUUAACACUUCAGGUGGAACAAUUAGCAACAAUUGGUGAAGGAAUAAAGUUGAAUCUCCAUGGCCAUUGAUUAAUGCACCUUAGGCCAUUGAGAGGCCCUCCAGUCUAUUGUGGCAGAGAGGACUAACAAUGAGUAGAUGGAUUGUAAUCAUCGUCUAAAGAAGAGGUAUUUACCGUUCAGGACCCAUUUUUAAUGCCGGAGAGCAAGUCGACAUUGAUUUGUGUUACCAGUCCAGGCAAAUCAUACGACAUACAUGUACAAUCAAAGCAUACAUGAGCACAAGUGACGCAAAAAGAGAAAGAAAACCGUUAUUAGUCUUAUGAAAUUACUGUUUAAAAUUACUGUUACUAUUAUAGAGAAAGUGCAGAUAAAAAAAGUGCAAGGUAGAUUGGGGGAUUGGGACUGUACAUCUUUAUCCAAUUGAAGCAGACCAUGUGCAGUUCUGUUACAACUGGCUAUUACAUUGUUAUGCUAUUUCCAAAGCUAAAGUGUGUUUAUUUAUGUGGCAGUUGUGAUUUUUGUUGCCUGUAUUAUAUCAUUCAUGUACUCCUGCUAGUGAUAAUUCCAAAUCAAUUCUGUGAUGUUUCAAACAACAUUGAAAAUGUCGAACUCUCAGCAAGCUCUCUCUCCCCCCCACAGGGCAGAUUGGCGUUUUAAAGUUCUAAAGAUAAAUGUUGGCACAAUCUACCUUUUUGAACGAGGCCAGUCACAGACUUGGCCAGCAAUUCAUUGAAAUUCAGAUGCCAUUUUAUGCUCAGAAUUAUCCGAGUGUUGUGAAAUGGAGAACUGGGACUUAAAGCACCAAGGGGUGUGAUCUUUUAAGUCAGUGUGUUUUGGAAAAUUCAUUAUGUGACUGCAGGCAUCAGUGCCCCUAAUUAUCCCAAGUGAUCCUCUUGGGUAACGGAAGGGAGGCAAUUAAUAAGCGACCACAAUGAUACUUGAUCAGGUAUUGGCGUUAUCAAGUCAAGUCACAUUUAUUUAUAUAGCACAUUUAAAAAACAACUCUCGUUGGCUAAAGUGCUUUACAUUUGUUAUAAGAAUAACACAACAAAACAGACUACAUUCAUAUAUACAUGUAGCCCUCACUCAGAGGACGUCAGGAAAGGCUUGGGAGUAUAGAUAAGUCUUUAGCCUUGACUUAAAAUAGUCGAUGGAGGGGGCAGUUCUGAUGGGAAUGCAGAUGCUAUUCCACAGCCUAGGGGCUGCAACCGCAAAGGCGCGGUCGCCCCUGAGCUUAUGAAUUAUCAGAGCUAUCAAGCCCUAAAUGUCAUAUUGUCUACAGCAGUGCACUCCCAGAAAACACUGAAGAAUACCUUAGUCUAAUUAUUGAAGCAUUUUCUACUUAAAUUGCUGCACCAAAGAGCAGAUGAUUGAAGACAAAUAGGUGAUUCGCUGCUGUUCCCUAUUGGUUUAUUAUAUAAAGCAGUGUUAGAACUAUUUAAAAUAUGAGCUAUAAAAUAGCCACUGGUUCAGGGUUCGUUCUCCCAUGGACUUUUACUUCAUCCCCUAUCAGGUUGGACUUGAUCUCGACUCCAAACCUCCUUAGAUCAGGAGCAAAAUGGUUUGGGAGAACUAUGGUAUAAAUGUACAUGUGUUAAGUUUAUGAAGCCAAGUAUUAUUGUGGUAAAAAUGAGUAUCUGCCAUUACCCAAAUGACUUCUGUAUGCGUGUUUAAAUUAUAUGUUGUGGAUGCCCUGUGUUGUAUUUUGUACAACUGUUAUGGUGCAAUAAACUGAAUGUGUUAGAGUGGAGCCAUUGUUACUAGAAAAAUGGGAAAUAAACCUUACUUUAAAAUUGGCUGUGCUUGUUUACGUUUAUUUUCUCCCCUUUUUUGAAGGUUGCAAUUGAUGCCAGAAAGUGAUU